UAUAUCUAUAUAUAUACCUAUACCACACUAAUAACUCUCUACUUCUGACCUCCGACCAAGCACCGGCCCUUGGCACGUUAAUGAGGCAGCCGCCCCACGGCGAGUUUGACAUGGCUCUCAGCGGCACCCUCCUCCCUUCCAUCGCCACCUUCGCAGCGGGCACGGCCGGCAGGGAGAAAGCCUUGAGGCAAGCAGGUGCCAGUAACAAGUGGCGGGAGGAGCUCUCUCACCUCAAGCGGAUUCCCUCUGUGUUCACAGGACGGCCUUACGACCUCUCUUCUGAGCUGGAAAGCAGCACCACAAACAGCAGCAGUGGGGCUAUGUCAAGACGGGAGACGGAGGAGUUGAAUGAGCUUCUGGACUUUGACUUCAUCCUAUCCAACUCCCUGAUGCCCCAGGAGCAGCCCACAGCUGCUGCCGCGGCAGUAGUAAGCACCGCUCCUGGCCCCGCGCCCGCCGUCACAAGCAGCAACUGCCCAACAGUUACCACUUGCGACUUCACCUACCAGCUGCAAAGGGGCGAUCACACCGUAGGAGGAGGGGGAGCUAUGCUGUACAACAGGGAGCAGGCCCCGGCUGCCCCGUUCAACCUGGCUGAUAUCAACGACGUUUCCCCUUCCGGUGGAUUUGUGGCUGAGCUGAUGAGGCCAGAUCUGGACCCAGUUUACAUGCAGCAGCAGCAACAGCAGCAGCAGCAGCAGCAGCAGCCAUCCCCACUGGGCAGCCUGCAUGGCAAAUUUGUGGUGAAAGCCACCGUGAACAUGGGGGAAUACAACAACCACAUCAGUGUUAGCAGCAAGAACAACCCAGCUGCUGCAACCUCCCCUUGUUCAGAUGGACCCGUGCAGCCUCCUAUUUAUAACCACGUGCCCAGGAUGUGCCAAAAAAUCAAGCAGGAGGCUGCCCCUUCUUGCACCAUUGGCCAAUCCCACGGGAAUACUCAGAGGGCGCAGCAACACGAUUUUCCAUUGGGGCGCCCACUGCCUAGCAGGACUAACCCUCCCUUGACUCCAGAGGAGCUGAUGAACAGCAGAGACUGCCACCCCUCCCCGCAGGGCUUAAGUCACCCAGCUCUGCCGCUUCCUCCAGGCUACCACCCUGGCCCGGGAUACCCUCCUUUUCUCCCAGAGCAGCUGCCACCAAGCGCAAUCCAGUAUCAAGGUCAGUCUCACUAUCUAAAUGUUUUUGGAGAGCCUGUAAAUAUGCCCCGCUUGGUACAAGGGAUGAUGCUGACUCCGCCCUCUUCACCUCUAGAGCUGAUGCCUUCUGGGAGCUGCCUCUCCGAAGAGACCAAGCCGAAGAGGGGGCGGCGGUCAUGGCCCAGGAAAAGGACCGCCACACACACAUGCGACUAUGCGGGUUGCGGCAAAACAUACACAAAGAGCUCACACCUCAAAGCACACCUUCGGACCCAUACAGGUGAGAAGCCCUAUCACUGUGACUGGGAAGGUUGUGGCUGGAAAUUCGCCCGCUCUGAUGAACUGACGCGUCACUACAGAAAACACACAGGGCACCGCCCAUUCCAGUGCCAGAGGUGUGACAGAGCGUUUUCCAGGUCUGACCACCUUGCCUUGCAUAUGAAAAGACACUUUUAAACAGGACGUGGUGAACUUUUUCCUUUACUGCCACGAGAGAUUCAGUAUUUGACAGCAAAAAAGACUGUCUUCUGCCAGAGGGGAGAACUCCACUUUAAAGCACUACAAAGAAUCCCAGCGAGGUCUUUCCAAAAAAGAAAGUGUGGAAAUCAACGGACAAUUAAAAAAAGAUGAGACAAUCGUGGAACUUUUAUAGGGGGACAAUGACUGGAUCUUGUAUCAUCAUUCCAUUAUUUUUUUAUUGAAAAAUCUGACUUGAAUCUUUCUGGACUACAGAAUGCCAAGGAUUGACUGGAAGUCAAGGAUAUCAGGGUUAAAACGAAACUGUUGAGGGUGGGGAGAAUGGGAGAUUACGUAGGGAGACGAUGGGUGAAGACAGGUGUAACGUUGUAGAGCAGUGGGGGCUGUUCAGCUUUGGCAGUUCCUGCAUCUCAGUCAAUCUAAAUGACUCCCCCCCCCCUACUUUGCCAAGGUUGAAGUCCAAAAAACAUGUUUGUGCAAGGUUGCCACAAAAGCUAAUGCUGUUUGGCUAAGGCGCUCGUGAAUUCAGACACCUCUCUCUCUCUCUCUCUCUCUCUCUCUCUCUCUCUCUCUUUUCUUUGCCCACCACCCAAAUUCUUCAAGCAUCUUUGCAACAGUUCUAAAACUUUUAUUUUUUUAAGAAGAAGAGAGAAUGUCUGAAGGUACAACUUGCACUUACAUUUAUUUUAAUUUUUAAAGAAAGGAAUGUGGGGAGAAAGGGACAAAACUGACACCAAACCUCACCAUUUAACUUCACAGAGGAUGAAUGUCGUGCAAAGUGGGGGAAGAGGGGGGGGGAGGUUGGCUCACACCAUGGCUGAAGAAUCCACUGUGACUUCUCUUUAAAUGCUAUGUCUGUCUUCACCCUCAAUUCCCUUAAGAUUUAUUUUCAAUGCAAUAUUGUAAACAUGUCGUAGUCUUGCAAUUUCUUUUUCCUUUUAAAAAAAAGCCAUUACUAAACUAUGUCAAAUGAGGAAGAAGAAAUUCAGGUACAGAGUUAUGGUUAAAAGUCUAUUUUCAUGGUGCUGAAUGACUUUUGGUUCUUAAGGUACCAAAAAUGCCGAAGUUCUCAACUGCUGCAUAUUUGACAAGGAAAUGCGUUCGUCUUCCGAUCUACAGUUAAUGAUGACCUAAGUCAGGUUGAUAAACCUGGCUUAUUUGUGUUUGUCUCUUUUAAUCUUCUAUGCAGACAGUCUGUAAUGCACUGUGGUUUCAAUGUGCAAUAAUUUGUACAAUGGUUUAUUCCCAAAUAUGCCUUAAGCAGAACAAAUAUUUUUUUUCUAUAUGGUUCUUUACAUAAUAAAUAUGUAAUAUAAAUCUAAGGAGACUUCUAUUUUGUAUAUUUGUAAACUAUGAAGUGAAAAAUGAACAUUUUGUCAGAGUUCGUAUUUUGCAUAUUCAUUUUUGCCUAAAAUAACUUUUAAAUAAACCUAUUUUAUCUGA